GCCGCCUGCGAAUUGUGACUGUUGUAUUGUCUCUUUCUCGCACCGUGCGGUUACCAAAAGAUCUCUUUAUAAAAUACGCGACAGCAAGUCUACAAUAUUAAUUGAAUCGUUGUCGAAUAGACGUAACCAUACCGUGUUAACGUGUUGAAUAUUUAGUGACAAAGUUUUAAUUGAAAAUGGCACCAAUAGGUGGAUGGAUGUGUUGUGGACGUAAAAGCAAGUUCGUAGCCCCUUUGGUUAAUAAUGACCAAGAUGGGACCUACGACUAUGAUUUAGCUGUUAUCGGUGGUGGGUCCGGAGGCCUGGCUUGUGCUAAAGAGGCAGUGAAUCUUGGAGCCAAAGUUGCAGUGUUAGAUUAUGUAACACCAUCACCUCAAGGCACAAAAUGGGGUCUUGGAGGAACUUGUGUGAACGUCGGGUGCAUUCCGAAGAAAUUAAUGCAUCAAGCUGCUUUACUCGGAGAGAGCAUACACGAAGCGGUAGCGUAUGGAUGGGAAGUGCCUUCAUUGAACGAUGUGAAAAUUAACUGGUCAGCAUUAACUGAAUCCGUCCAGAAUCACAUAAAAUCUGUCAACUGGGUCACCAGGGUCGAUCUUAGGGAAAAGAAAAUUGAAUAUAUAAAUGGUUUGGGCGAGUUCAAAGACCCCCAUACCAUUAUUGCCACGCUAAAGAAUGGUAGCAAGAAGGAGUUGACGGCAAAGAACAUUUUGAUUGCCGUGGGAGGAAGACCUCAUUACCCAGACAUUCCCGGAGCUAGGGAAUACUGUAUCAGCAGCGACGAUAUUUUCAGUUUGAGCCAUCCCCCUGGGAAGACACUCGUCGUUGGAGCUGGAUACAUUGGUCUAGAAUGCGCCGGUUUCUUAAACUCUUUGGGCUACUCCGCCACUGUUCUUGUCCGAUCGGUACCAUUGCGUGGAUUCGACCAACAGAUGGCUAGCAUGGUCACCAACGAGAUGGAAGAGAAGGGCGUUAAGUUCCACCAUAAAUGCGUGCCGCUAUCGGUUGAGAAACUCGAGUCUGGCCAGUUGAAAGCACGCUGGUUGAACACGGAGACCAAGGAACAGAGCGAAGACGUCUUCGACACGGUACUUCUGGCGACAGGCCGAUACGCGCUCACGGAGCAACUCAACUUAGCGGCGGCUGGAGUCAAUUCGCUGUCCGAGAGCGGCAAGAUCGUGGCGGAGGGCGAGCAGACGAACGUGGGCCACGUGUUCGCGGUGGGCGACGUGCUGGAGGCGCGGCCCGAGCUGACGCCCGUGGCCAUCCACGCGGGCCGCCUGCUGGCGCGGCGCCUGUUCGCCGGCGCGCAGCAGCACAUGGACUACGACAACGUGGCCACCACCGUGUUCACGCCGCUCGAGUACGGCUGCGUCGGCCUCGGCGAGGAGCAGGCCGUCUCCCGACACGGCGCAGAUAAUCUAGAAAUAUACCACGCGUUCUACAAACCAACCGAAUUCUUCAUCCCGCAACGGAACAUCCGUAAUUGUUAUCUCAAGGCGGUAGCUUUACGGGAAGCUCCUCAGCGUAUCCUGGGAUUACAUUUCGUGGGCCCGGUCGCUGGCGAGGUCAUACAGGGCUUCGCUGCUGCUAUCAAGUGCGGCAUCACAAUGGAACAGCUGAUGAACACGGUCGGCAUUCAUCCGACGGUUGCAGAGGAGUUCACCCGUCUUAACAUCACCAAACGUUCGGGCAAGGACCCCAACCCCGCGUCUUGCUGCAGCUAAACUAAAGCGAAAGCAACAGCAAGACUAUCUCGGUCGAAAUGUCCUCAUUUAUACAGAUUAAAGAUGUUUGUCAUAUAAAACUAUCAUUCUAAAUGUUACUUAUAAAUUUAAAAUUAUAUUUUCGCGUUGAAACCGCCUAGUUGCUUAAACGAAUCGAUUAAUUGUUUUUAAAAUUAAUGUUAAAACUUAAAAUAUUAUAUUGCAUCAUGAAUAUGUAAUAUUGUUCGAACAAAGUAGAAAGUCAUUAUAUAACAAUUUAUGCACUAACAAGUCACAAACAGUUGUUUUUUCUAGCCUUAUAAAGUCUUUGAGGGUGGUAUAUUGCAUGUGGUUUUAUUAAUUUAGUAAAAUAUAUUGAAAUGACAAGUGUUUUUUAAUCUGUCAGCACUACAGAUAAAAAACGUUUUGUCAAUAUAAUUGUUAAAGGCUGUUUUUUGAGAAUUUCUUGCCUUGUAUCGUUUUAUUAUUAGUACAAAAGACAUUCAAUUAGAAUAUAUUAAAUAUGUUCAAUAAUUUAAGAACAAAAUUAUAUUAUAAAAGUACGUCAUAUUGUUCCAACACCGUUAGCUCAGUAUUAUGUCGAUGUUAUAUGUUAAUUAAUGUUUCUACUCCAUUGUAAGCACGCAGGCUCACAUUCCGUCGACGCACGCGCACGGAUUAAUCAGUGUUGAUCACUUUUUUUUUAUUUCAAUUCUAAUAAAGUGAUAUUUUUUUAA